GAAAAAAUAUAUUAUUUUUUAUUUUUUUAAAUGUGUGACGAGUGUGUGACUAGUUAUUAUGUGUGAUUAAAACACGGAAAAAAUAUCAUACUAAAGUUGUGUGUAAAUUGGUAAUUAAAAGAAAUGUUUUCGUCAUUUAAGUUGCCUUCGUUACGGUCGAAAAAACAUAAUGAUAAAUCAGAAAAUGGUACACCCACAGGAACACCCAUAUCGAAACGACAUCAAAGAAGAAUAUCUGAUGCUGGUGGUUGUCCAUCAAUAGCAUCAUUACGCCCAGGUUCAAUAGCAUAUAAUAGCGAUCAGUUAAUGUCUGGAGACAAAAUUCAUAGCGUUAAUGGAAUCACAACUUCACAUUCAAAACCAGAGGAUGUGGCCGCCAUGUUAAAUAAUGUCGAGGAUCGUGCAUUACUUGAAGUUGAAUAUUCAUUACCGGAUUGCGUAUCACAGAAUUCAUUGAGUACAAUCACAUCAAAGGUCACAAAUAUAACCGUUGAACGAGAAGAUGGAUCAUUAGGGAUAACUUUACGUGGUGGUGUACACGGAGAUCCACAACUUACACGAGCUUUAGUUAUUACGCAUGUUCGACCAAAUGGUCCGGCACAUAAAACGGGUCUGAUAAAAGUUGGUGAUAGAUUGUUAAAAGUUGACAAUCAAACAUUAACUAAUAAAACAUUGAUGGAAGCCCAAAAAAUUUUAACACAAACAAAUGAUAAUUUAGCUCAAACUCCGAAUCCAAUAUCGACGUUAACCAUAGAAUAUGAUGUUAGUAUUAUGGAAACAGUUAAAUAUGCAACGGGUCCAUUAUUAGUUGAAAUUGAACGGCAUAUCCAUGAAGAACUGGGUAUUGGUUUAGGAAAUAAAAUUUUUAGUGACAAUGAAAAUGUAAUUUAUAUUGAAAGCAUUAUGCCAGCAAGUAUUGCGGAUCGAUGUGGAGCAUUACAUAUUAAUGAUCAAAUCUUAGCAAUAGAUGAUAUUCGAUUGGAAGGUACUAAUUUAUCCGCUGAAGAAGUAAUGACAUUAUUCGAAAAUUCUAAAGGUAGUGUCACACGAUUACACAUCUUACCGUUUCAUACUUAUACUACCUCUAUACAUUCACAUCGAAGUGCCUCUGGACUUUGGAAUCAGUCACCGAAAGAAUUGGUCCCAGGAACACCUAGUAUGUCUGGAUUUAGUACAAUUAAUUCUAGGAGAUCAAGAUUUCCAUUUAAAAAAACUUAUAAUUUUCGAAAUCCUCAAAAAGUUUCAAAUUUAGAAGGAAAUAACUAUUGUGGCUAUCAUCCUCAGUUAGGCGUAUGUCAUAGAGAAACGUUGAAUGUUACACUUUGCUCAGAAGGUAAUGGAUUUGGAUUAUCUGUUGGAACAGAAUUAGCUCCUGGGGAGGAAGAAGCUAGCAUUGUAGUAACAGAUAUUGAAACUAAUUCUGUUGCUGAUAGAUGUGGUUGCCUACAAAUCGGCGACCGUCUUUUAUCAAUAAAUUGUCAACCAAAUCUAACACUCCAAGAAAUAAAUACUAUUUUUGAACGUGGUUACGAUCCAAAAUUAAUGGCUAAAUUAGAAUUACAAGUAGAAAUUGAUGUGGUUGAUUCAAUCAUACCAUCAAGUGGAGUAUUUACAGUAAAAAUUGCAAGACAAACUACCGGCUUAGGAAUAACAAUAACAGCGUCAAAAAAUAAUCCAAAUGAUCCAUUUAUUAUAUCGGAUAUUCGACGUGGAUCAAUUGCUCACAGAAUUGGUACCUUACAUGUUGGGGAUAGAUUAUUAGCAAUUGAUAAUCAAAAUUUGGAUCAUCAAAGUUUAGAAACAGCGUUUGAAAUAUUACAAAGUAAUCAUAAUGAAAUAGUUACACUGCAAGUCGAAAAAGUUCCUCGAGAUACAAGUUAUUUGUUAUCAGAGAAUAUUGUUUAUACAGUCGAGCUCGUACGGUACGGUGGACCAUUAGGAAUUACAAUUUCAGGGAGUGAAGAUUGUUUAGAACCAAUAAUUUUAUCUAGAUUAAUUGAAGGUGGAUUAGCGGAGAAAACUGGUGCUUUGCAUGUAGGAGAUCGAAUCUUAGCAAUAAACGGUGAAAAUUUAAUUAAUCGUCCAUUAUCGGAUGCCAUUCGGUUACUUCAAUGUUCAGGAGAUCGUGUGCAGUUAAAAAUAUCCCGUCAAAUAAAAGAAGCUCGAACACCCUGUGAAGAAAAUCGAGAAUCAUUUCUUGUACAAAGUCCUGGUAGUAUUGAUAGCGCUGUUGAGUCAUGGGUGGGUUCUAUGUUGAUUGAAAAUAAUUAUAAAAAUGAAAAAGAGUCAAGUCAAAAAGCUCCUGAAGAUUCAGAAACCAAAACAGAAGCGAAAGAAACUGAAUCAAAACCAAUAAACGAAAAUAAAUCAGAAAAUAAUCACAAAGAUUCAAUGCAAAAUUUACAAUACUACUCUGAUACAGAUGACGUAAUGUAUGCUCCAAGUCCAUUACCGUUACCGUUACCUAAUUAUAAUUAUCGCAGCAAUAAUAAUACAAUCAAUUCCGAUCUCUUUGCAUCAAUGCAGUUAGGUGAAUCAUUUAACUCCACCAUCUUAAAUAACAUCUCUCCGACAGUACGGAAGCGUUUUGAAUAUAAUGAAAUACAACAUGAAUCACCAACUCAAAUAGGUGCAACAUCACGAUCUCCUCCAGGACCAUCAUCUGCAAAUAUUCAGAAUAGUGAAUUUAAUAUCAACAAUAAUCGGUUCGAUUCAAUAAACGCUGAUGUAUAUCACGUGAUUUUGUAUAAAGAUGCAGUUUACGAUGAUUAUGGAUUUAGUGUAAGUGAUGGACUAUAUGAAAAAGGUGUUUAUAUUAACCGAAUUCGAAAAGGAGGUCCGGCGGAUAUUGUGGGUUUGUUGAAACCGUUCGAUCGAAUUUUGCAGGUAAAUGAUACCAAAACUCAAGACUUCGAUUGUUGUCUAACAGUUCCAUUAAUUGCAUCAGCUGGUGAUCGAAUGGAAUUGGUAAUUGCAAGGUCUAACAAUAAUUUAGAAAAUAAGGUUGUAUCCUGGAUAACGGAGGAACACAAUCCAUUUCCAACAAGUCCAACUUUUAGCAGUUUAUCUGGCAGUCAAAGUACUAUUACAAAAACAUUAUAAUAUUUCCUUCCAAAAGAUGAUAUUAAACCUUUAUUUUAAAAAUUUGCAUUCCAUUUUUAAUAAUAAUAAUAAUAAUACUAUACUCUAUACAAUUAUGUUGACUCUGGAUUGAUUUGAAAACAAAUUACGCCUAAUUAAUAAAUUAUUUUUGCUCAAAGAUUUUUUAAUCAAUAUUUUAUAGAAAUAAAGGUUUAAUUAGGAUUAUAUCGGCAAUUUGUACAUACAUUUUGUCAGUGGCGUAUUUAAUGGUGAUGGUGUCCUUAUAGGCCCUAGGUAUCCUAAGUCGACUUUUUUUAACAAAAUAUACGUAUACAGGGUGGAACAUUUUAAUUUACGAUGGGCUAAUAGCUCGUUUUGUAGCUAGCCCAAUUAAAAAAUUACUUAAACAAACGUUUGAUGGUGGAAACCAUGUUUGACAUCAGUUUGAUUUAGAUCCUAAACGGUAAAACAUAGAAUAACACUUUAAAUUAGAAGGUUGACAUUUGCCUGUGUCCAUGAGUUUAACCUGGCAGUCAAGGUCAUUUGAUCUUGAUUUUCAAAUGAUUUAGAAAAUUUACCUGGACUUAAAAGGUUUUAUUGCCCUUGAAAACUAUUGCUUAAGAAACCUAGCAUAUUUCUUCUGGUUAAAUGCAAUGAUGGCAUUUUUUUAAGUCGCUUUCCUCCGAAUGCUAACGAUUUUGAAAAAAAUAUUUGAAAUAAAAAAUGUUAGUUUUUUUUUGUUUUUAUGGGGAUAAACUUUCUAAUUUAAAAUCAAAUCGAAUUUAAAUUAACUAUUAAAGCGACCCGGAGAACUAGGUCCAAUCUGAUGUCAGAACAUGUUGUCUCCCAUCAAAGUCUGCAACCCUUGUUUAAGUUUUGUUUUCAUCGGCUUAUUACCAAGCGAGUCAUUCAUUAAUAUGAUCCAUCUGUAUAUAUAAUAUACAUUGACGAGUUUCAAUAAUAUUUGUUAAAAUCGACAAUAUGUAUUUAUACAUGAUAAUUAGCAUCAAUUAUGAAAAAAACAUAUUUAAGUGGAACUCCUUAGAUGUUGUCGCCCUUGACCUGGGCAUCACGAACCUAACCCUAAAUUCGCCACUGAAUUCUAU